CAGGUAAAGAGAGGGAAAUUCAAACAUCUUCACCAUGGUUCCAGCUUACUGCAACUGCCUGUUCAAUCUGCUAAUAAUAAUUUCUAAAGGUCUCUCUCAGCUGGUAGAAACACAGCAGGUCGUCAUAGUAACACUGGGAGGAGAUGCUCAGUUCAGCUGCAGACUCAUGGAACCCAGAGACGUCCUGCAAGUCACCUGGCAAAAAGAGACACCAGGAGGGAAUGAAAAUGUGGCCUCGUACAACAAACGUUUUGGUCCAAAAGUAAACCCACCUUUUAAUAUGAAAGUCAUGUUUCUAUAUGUGGGACUGCAGAACUGCUCUGUCAUCAUCAGAAGAGUGUCCAGAGAAGAUGAGAGUUGCUACAAGUGUCUGUUUAAUAUUUACCCAGAUGGCGCUAUUAGUGGAAGGACCUGUCUUCAAGUUAAUGAGCUAUAUGGACCCACACUCCUAUUAACACAAAACAAGGACACUCGUCCCCUCUUCUCUGGGUUAACUCUCUCCUGCUCUGCCACGGGACGACCUGUUCCAGUAGUGGACUUGUUCCCCACAGUAAAAUUGGUUUUGGAAAACUCUACAACGGUCCGUGUCACCCAUCCCAAUGGAACUGUUACUGUCACCAUAACUUCCACAGUGGCAGUUCCCAGUCUACCUGACAAUAUUCCAAUGGUUCGGUGUGUGGUAUCAUCUGGCAGUGCCAUCAAGGAGGGCUCCAUAAAGAUUCCAACUUUCUUAGUUGGUCGUGGUAAAUCUCUUUUACCAGUCAAUGAUGAUGGUUGGAUGAGGGAUCAUGGGACAGUGGUUGGUGCUUUGAUGGGUUCAGUGGUUCUCAUUGCUUUAAUUUGCAGCAUAACUUGGUGUCUGCAUAAGAGGUAUCAAACUAGCAGAAAUGAAACGACACAGCAAGAUGUUGCUGUAGGCAGAGUGUUUUUAGAAACACAAGAUCGUUCCAGUGGGGCGGCUGAGGAGGGAAGGAGUGAGGAGGAUUCACCAGUCAGGAUCCAAUAUCUCCAACAUCCUUCAGAAUAAUCACCUUUAUUUUGAAGUCCUAUUUUGUACAAUGGAGCUGCUAACAUAGCCUGUCAUGAACACACCAUCAAAAGAAGUGGAUCCAAGCACAGAGCUUUUAAUAAAACGCAAUCCAAAGGCCAGAACCACAGGGCAAGCAAAAGGCUGGUACACGGAAAGGUCAGAAUCGGCAGGAACAAGGUACAAAAGGACUAAGGCAGAUAUGAAGUCAAAACACUACAUGGAAGGCAAAGGUCCGGUACACUGGUAAAUACUUAGAAAUUGCAAGAAAAAGGCUCUGUAGAGUUGUACAUACAAACAAUAUCUCAAAAGGAACUGAAUGCUAACUAGAGACACACUACAAACAGGUGUGUAGGAAAACAGGUGAAACCAAUGGAGAUAAUAACAGGCAUGACUUCUUGAGGACUGAGCAUAAAUACAGUAUAUUAUACUUAAACUGUAACUGAAAAAAGAGAAAUUCUAACUACUUGAAUUAACAACUCUGCCUCUCUCUGACCAUUCCCUGAUCAUUUGUACUACCUACUGAACUGUGUUUUUUUUUCAUGUAUGGUAUUUGUUGUAUUUUUUAACAUUGUUACUGUUGUAUUAUUUUUAUUACAGAUUUUGUGUAGUUUUACAUAUCAAAUAUAAACAUGUUUGUGAUUUGUUGCUUUUGUUGUUUACUGACAAAUCCAGGGUGAAAAAUGAAUAUGAAUUACCCUAAUAUGAAUGACCUGCCCCUUUUUCUUGAGUUUAUGAGUUCAUAAAUAAUCAGUUUAAGUCUGCCUAACUGCCUAACAGUUUUAGUCUCCCUUCCAUGGAAACUGUUUUGAUGAUAACCUUUGGUUUCCCUUAGCCCCUUUCAUUUUGUAACAAGCUACUUCUUUUUUUUACUAGGUGUCUUCAACAGCAAAGUUUGUUCAGAGAACUUUGAUGGAGGAAUGUUGCUGAUUUUAACUAGCAUUGUGGUAUGUGUUUUACCUUUUCUUCUGUGUUAUACAGAAACAGGGCAUAGGACUGAAAUUGAUAUUUCACUCAUUAUGACAAAUUUGUGUCAUAGUCUAUAUCAUUGUUUUUUGGGUCUGAUUCAUGAAGAUAUUUGACUUUUAUUGGAACAGAAUGAAUUAGAGAGUGGGAUUGCUCUUAUGUAUCAGUUCUUGAUCUUCCAUUAUAUAGACUAGCUAAAUAAAUAAUUAUACCCAAGGGGAACUUGACCCUAUCAUAUUACAGCCAAAUUAGGGUAGAAAAUGUGUUUAGCAGGCCAGCAUCCAUGUAAUUGUGCAGGGAUGUGGUACGUUCUAGAUUUCAUCUGGAAUUUGUAUUGAAUUUCAAUAGGUCACAAACACAUGAAUUAGAAUUUAAAUUAAAGGAAGAAUCAAUUAUUUCAAUUGAGUGGGUUUGGCAUCUUAAAUCUUAAUCAUGCAAGGAUUUCCUUCACCACUCAUUGUGCUCUCUAGUGACUCCCUCAGGUGGUUUAGGGGCCUGCAACAGCUAAAGUUAUCACUCAAGUUAGCCUGACCUCAAAAAUGCUGAUCUGACUAACUUCCUGUGUGGCAGUGCUUUAUGUGGAAAAACAAUAAAACAUUUUGUUAAACUAA